AACAGUGCUGCAAUCAUGUUUCCAGAUUACUGCCUUAAAUCUCGCUAAAUCUUAACAUACUCCAAUAACAUAAACGUAUACGUGCAAAUGACUGGGAAAUGGUGAAUUGUCGAGGCGGAAAACAACUGAUCUGCUGCUGAGUCAUUAGCUAGCUAGUCAAAGAAGCUUUAGCCAAAAGGCUAACAGACGUUCACUUGAUCUGACCGAACAAAACACCUGAACUCUGUCUUCUACAGCGAGAGUGAUCCUUUAGACCUAAAACUACUGACAACACGUUCAUAAAUGAUGAUGAACUUCUGGUACAGACAACACUUUGUUGCUCUGCACACCAGGUACUUGCAUUGAUCGCUGCUCGAUGGGAAAAGUGUAACCAUGUUCAGUUUCGAGGGAGAUUUCAAGAGAACACCCAAGGUGUCUCUUGGGGGUGCUAGCAGAAAAGAGGAGAAGGCAUCACUUCUUCAUCGAACACAAGAAGAAAGAAGAAAAAGGGAGGACGAGAGGAAAAGACUAAAAAAUGCAAUCAUCAUUCAGUCUUACAUAAGAGGAUACCAAGACAGAAAACAGCAAUAUGCCAUUCAGAGGGGCUGCUUUGACCGCUGUGCGUGUCAGUGCCAGUCAGGCUCUGGCCCUCAGCUCACAGACAGUGCCAUACUCAGUCAACUUGCUCGCCAGCUUCUCUUUUUUUACAGACUAAGUGAAGACAGACACAGAAUGAUCUGGAUGUGCCAGAGUUUGGUAAAGCAUCAUGCUCAGUUCGUCAAGCUGCUGACGGGGCCAGAAAGACAGAGCUGCCUGUUUCAGAUCAAGAGGAUACUGGGGCACUGUUGCAGGUUAUUGCAAGCAUGUGAAGAUGCCAGUCUGAAUGUGACCGUCCCGAUGAGGAUGCUGGAGGUGUUUUCAUCUGAGAGAACCUACUUGCCCUUUCUAAAGGAUGAAAACUAUGUCGCGGCACUUAUGGAGCAAAUAUUGCACUAUAUGGUAGAGAAAGGAUACUACAGAUCUCUGUAUGUGUUAGUGAAUCACAAGUUGCCGUCGAGUCUAGAGUACAGUGAUGCCCCUUCCAUUCCACUGGCACAAACGCUGCUGGAACACACGCUCAAGCCUCUGCACUUUACAUACAGCUCCUGCCCCCCAGAUGCCAGGCAGUUUGUUUUUUCAGCCUUCACUGAGGAGUUCAUUUCAGCACCUUUCACUGAACAAAUCUAUCAUUUCUUCGUGCCAGCUUUGUCAGACCCAAAACUAGCUUUCCCAUUUCAGAACUUCCUUUGGUCACUUCAGGCCACCAUAGCCUCCUCUGUCCGGGCCCGGGCUCAGGCUCCAUGGCUCUUUUACUUUGUGCUAACAGUUGGAGAAUCAGAACUGGGUUCACUCUCCGAAGGAGGGUUGCUGUUGUACCUGAAUGCGCUCCAGACUCUGUUGCCAUUGUUACCAGUGACGGAGUGCAACAGUACAGCUGACAUCAACAGUGAUUCAGAAGAGGAAGAAGAAAUGACCGUACAGCGUCCUGCUGCACAGGAUGGCAGUUGGAUAUCUGUGCAUUAUAUAACAGCGGAAUGUAUACAGAAGAUGGACACCAAGCAGCAGACUAAUGCUCUGCUAACAUUAGUUUGGAGAGACACAGCAAGUGAAGACAUCUUCACCAUGAUGGCCUCCAUCUGUCACACACUGAUGGUGCAACAUCGUAUGAUGGUGCCCAGAGUCAGGCUUUUGUACAGUUUAGCCUUCAAUGCUCGCUUUCUUAGACACCUUUGGCACUUAAUCACAUCUAUGAAGACUAAAAUGAUCACAGGCUCUAUGGUUCCCUUGUUGCAGGUGAUGUCUCGAGGUUCUCCAAUGUCUCCGGAGGACUCCAACAGGAUCAUUCCUCUCUUCUAUCUCUUCAGCUCACUCUUCAGUCAUUCACUCAUCUCUGUGCACGACAGCGAGUUCUUUGGCUCAGCAGAUGGUCAGAGCCAGUCGUCAAUGAUGCCCUUCUCUCUGGCGGAGUUGGUGACAUUGUCUUGCUGUUUGCGGGAUGCGUGUCUGGGAAUCAUUAAGCUGGCCUAUCCUGAGACCAAGACGGAGCACAAAGAGGAGUAUGUAGCAGCAUUUCGCAGUAUCGGAGUGAAAACUAACAGCCAGGUACAGCAGCGCAUUCAAGCUCAGCAGAAACGAUGGGUCCAGCUCUUUAAGGUGAUUACCAACCUUGUGAAGAUGCUGAAAGCCCGAGAUAUUCGAAGAGCCUUCUGUCCAUCAGGUCACUGGCUGUCUCAUGAGGUCAACAUCAGAGCAGAUAAGGUGACUCAGCUCUAUGUGCCCUCUGCAAGACAUGUGUGGAGAACCAGGAGAAUGGGACGCAUCGGACCGCUUCAGUCCAAUUUAGAUGUUGGACUGGAGCCUCCACCAUUGUCAGUAUCAGAGGAGAGACAUUUGGCAAUCCUCACCGAACUUCCGUUUGUUGUACCUUUUGAGGAGAGAGUGAAGAUCUUCCAGAAGUUGAUCUAUGCUGAUAAGCGUGAAGUGCAAGGAGAGGGCCCUUUUUUGGAUGGCGUAAAUAUCACCAUUCGAAGGAACUACAUCUAUGAAGACGCUUUCGACAAAUUAUCCCUCGAAAAUGAGCCUGAUCUUAAGAAGAGGAUCAGGGUUCAUUUGCUCAAUGCACAUGGGCUAGAUGAAGCUGGCAUUGACGGAGGAGGAAUAUUCAGAGAGUUCUUGAAUGAGCUGUUGAAGUCGGGCUUUAAUCCUAACCAAGGCUUCUUCAAGACAACUAAUGAAGGUCUUCUCUAUCCGAGUCCCACUGCGGAGAUGCUUAUGGGAGAAUCCUUCACCUGGCAUUACUACUUCCUUGGCAGGAUACUGGGAAAAGCGCUGUAUGAAAACAUGCUAGUGGAACUGCCAUUUGCAAGUUUCUUCCUGUCCAAGCUGUUGGGCACCAGUGCAGAGGUGGACAUCCACCAUCUGGCCUCUCUAGACCCAGAGAUGUACCGAAACCUGCUCUUCCUCAAGAGCUAUGAAGGCGAUGUGGAAGACCUUGGACUUAACUUCACUGUGGUCAACAAUGAUCUCGGGGAGGCUCAGGUGGUCGAGCUCAAACCAGGUGGAAAGGACAUCCCGGUAACCACAGCCAACAGUAUAGCAUACAUCCAUUUAGUGGCCGAUUACCGUCUGAACAAACAGAUCCGAGCACACUGCCUGGCCUUUCGACAGGGCCUGGCCAACGUGGUCAACCUGGAGUGGCUGCGCAUGUUUGAUCAGCAGGAAAUUCAGGUACUGAUUUCUGGUGCACUCGUGCCCAUCUGUCUGGAAGACCUAAAGAAAUUUACUAACUACUCAGGAGGUUAUACAGCAAAUCAUCCAGUGAUCAACCUAUUCUGGGAUGUGGUGGAGAGCUUCAGCGAUGAGGAAAAACGCAAGCUGCUAAAGUUUGUUACGAGCUGCUCACGGCCUCCGCUCUUAGGCUUCAAGGAGCUGUACCCAGCCUUUUGCAUCCAUAAUGGAGGCACUGACCUGGAGCGUCUCCCUACUGCUAGCACUUGCAUGAACCUUCUCAAGCUGCCAGAGUUCUGUGACCCUCAGCUAAUGCGAAACAAGUUACUCUAUGCUAUUGAAUCCUCUGCUGGCUUUGAGCUCAGCUGAGGAAUACUUCAUCUCCUUGAUGGCCUUGAAACCCAGACAAGAAUAUUCGUCUUUUGUCGUGGUGACCAGAUAGAAAAUGAUCAGAAUGGACAGACAAUGCGUCUGCUGUGGAUCUACAGUGAUUUACAGAAGGUGUUGGGGCAUAAAAAAAACAGAGAAACAGAUCCGUUUGAAGCUGUGGCAAGAACUAAUAUAUGCUCCGUUUUAUUUUUACUUCAAAGAGCGUAAACUUGUACACAAUGCAUUUAUAAUUUGAAAGCAACUUCCCAGAAUGCGUCCAUUGAGCAAAAGCACUAACAUUAAACAGGAAGAUCUAAAUGUUGGAGAUACCGAAAGAAUAAAAUGGCAACGCAAAAUUUA